CACUGUCUGCAAUGUCUCCUGCACGGGCACGAGCUCUUCUCGGUCUCCUGGUCACACUCUGCACCCAGAGCCCACUGCUGUCGGGUUCUAAGCCACUGCCGCCACGUAAUGUUAAACUGACCUCGGUGGAUAAGGGGUUAAAGGUCACAUGGGAUUCACCCAGCGAGCUGGACGGACAGCCUGUAGAUAGCUACAGCAUUGGCUAUGGGAAGUCAAUGAAGUCACUACGCUUCGUCACUGUGGACAAGGACAGACGGUCAGAGUUACUAGAGGACGUAGAGCCUGGAGUCCUGCAUUUUCUCAAGAUGAGUGCAGAGAAUAAGGAUGGGAUGAGUAAACCUGUCUACAGGGCAGAGACUCCAGGAGGGAGAGAGUGGGUGAAACUGGAUGGCUUUGCUGUCGAGCCUUUCAACAGAUCCACUCCAGACAGGAUGGUGUCUAUAACUUCAUCACAGAUUAAUGCACGCCCCCCAACUCAGAGGACAGCACUAGGACAGCAGAGGGCCCCUCAGUCAUCCUCAGGACCAGAGCCCCCUCAUCAAGGAGGACACCUCCCUCUCCGGGCCCAAAACAAACACAGAGUGGACCUCAGCCAGCACCAAGCAGACCAGCGCAAUGGUAACAAGCCCAAACUGGCAUCUGAGUCCGUCUAUGUGGUAUCACUGCAGGCACCCAGAGCCCAGGGGAGAAGUGCACCCAUCAACACGGCCACCUCGAGUAAAAAAGUGACCACAGAGCCAGUGGUUGUAGAUGAAGUAGAGGACAUCACAGUUAGAGUAUUGUCUCCUCAGUCUGUCCUUAUCACAUGGGUUGAUCCACUUGUUGAAAAGAAGAAGGAAAUACCAGGGGGGUCCAGGUAUUACACCGUGAAAUACCGAGAAAAAGGAGAAUCUGCGAGAUGGGAAUACAAGGACACCACUCAGAGACGUCUCAUGAUUGAAACUCUUUCUGCGGACAGCAUGUACGAGUUUUCUAUUUGUAUCUCACAAGGAGAUCAGAAGGGAAAAUGGAGUGCAUCUGUGUUCCAGAGAACCCCUGAAUCAGCUCCCUCUGGCCCUCCAGAAAAUUUUGAAGUAAAACCACUUAGAGGAAAAGGUACUGCUGUCACAGCAACCUGGGAUCCACCUGAGCAAACCAAUGGACGAAUAAGAGAGUACAUCCUUUCCUAUGCUCCUGCUAUGAAACCGUUUGGCGCAAAGUCAGUUACAUACCGUGGAACCACCACCUCUGCUACCAUAGAUGGACUUACGCCAGGUGACCGCUAUAUCUUCAAAAUCCGUGGAGUCAAUAGGAAGGGACAAGGACCACAGACUAAAGCCAUUAUUAUUUCAAUGCCUGCAUCCAGCACUACUCACUUAAGGAACACGGAUAGCCACAGGACGAGUCAAAGUACCUCCAAGACAUCAUCCAACAAUGAAUCAGACAAUCAGGAGCCAGAUGAGAUGGAAGAGUCUGAUACUCAAACCACAACUCCAACCACCAAUAGGCGGGGACGCCCUCUUUCUCAGACAAGGUCCUAUCACAGCAUCUUAUCCUCUGUAAGGGGCUCUGUCAGAAGCGGAGGUUCUAGCUCAAGGUCAAACUCACAUUUAUCUUCAACUAAUACCAAAGAUAGAGAAGGAAAUAUAGAUGAGGAAGAGAAGCCAACAGAGAGUCCAACAAAUGAGGAGAUCAAAGCAAAUGAGGCUGGGGACACAAAACCAGAGAGCAGUAACAAUGCGUCACCACAAACAGAGGAACAUUCAAAAUACUCAUCCGACACUAAAGAAUCAAAACCCAAUAAAUCAGACUCUGUUCAUAAAACGUCUGAAGACAAACGUCCUUCUUGGACCCCUCGCACAUCAUCAAUUGUUGAUAUAAGCAGAUUAAGAAGGCCUUAUUCUCGCACACAUGGUUCUCGAUCAAGGAUGCGGAGUGAAGAUUCUUCGAGCUCGUCGCAAAACCAAGAGUCUGCAGCUACAAGAAAGGACCUGACAGCAGUCUCCUAUCCUGAAGGAAAGAACUCGUACAACCAGAUAAGUGUCACUGAUAGGACACCUGUGAUCUCACCUCAGGAAACCAGACCUGAACCAGCGAAAGAAUCAGAAUCAUCCUUACCCAUCUCUUCUUCUCCAACUUCCUCCACAGCAUCAUCCUCUUCUUCCACUUCAUCUUCUUCAGUAGCUUCUCCAUCAUCAUCCUUACCAUCAUCAUCAUCUUCAGGUACAAGAAGGAUUUCCUCCACGUCAGGUCGAGUCACAAGUUCAGGAUCUGGUGCUAUGUAUCCUAAUGGAAGAAGAGUUGGAAUUUCAACUAGAGCUCAGAGACUACAAACAGAAAAGCACAAACCUGAUUCAUCAUCAUCUGCUUCUUCACAAUCCACACUGCAAACAGGAAUCAGGACAAACAAUCACGAUACAACAAAGGAGCUUGAUACCAACCAAAAAAACACGGAGCUAGACACAAGAAAGGAUGAACAACCAACUACCACUGAAGAAACCAAAAAAAGCCUUUCUGAUUCAACUAAAGAGGAACACCCGGAACAAAAGGAAUAUUAUGAUAAAGAAGAAAAAAGUGAUAGUUAUGGUUCUACUUCCCAUUCUCCUUCAAGGACUAACCCUUCUACAACAGGACGAAGUUCACCCUUUUCAUUACCAAACCGAAAUUCUAGGAAAGUUAUAGGGAGUCGCAGACAAGAUGGCAGAAUACCUUGGAGUAGGACUGCCUCAUCUGUAGGUGCAGGAAGGCCGAUUGUUAAAGGAUUUCCUUCUCGUUCUACUGCUGUGAGCUCUCAGGACCUUAGUGAUAAAACCAAAGUUUCACCCACAACAUUCCCUUCAAAGCAUGAGAUGAAUCCUGUCUCGAAUAAACCGAGUGUGCUAAAUAGAGAAACAAAUAUUGCAACAAGUUCCAACAAUCCCAGUAGUAAUGAAGCUGUAAAAAGUAGCAAUGAUCAUGAAGAUGAUUAUCUUUACGAGGGAAGCAAAGAGACCUUGGAGAGUCAAACCAAAGAGCCUGUCUCAACUGUAGCAUCUAAAACGACAACAGUUGUGGGUGACCAUCAGAGACAUGUCCAGAACUUUGAGAGAGAAAGUGUGGAUAGGCAACAAAGUAGUACCAAUACCAGUUCGAAGUCACUUCCUACAGUUCCCCAAAGAGUUCCUAUUUUGGCUUCUAAUGGUCGGGUCCGCUCACCUGUGGUAGCAAGUCGUCUGAAAGGGUCACGGCUUCCUAGUAGGUUGUACCCAGUACAGCACAGAAGAUUUGGCUCUGCUUCCACACUGGAUACAUCAUCGCCUGCCUCCUCUCAAAAUGGUCCAGCAGAGUCACCACUUAUCUCAGAUCGUGACACUGUCGGGAGUAAUACUAAUGUUAGGCUCACUCCAGGUUCAGUUUCUCGCUCUUCUCAUGGACUGUCUGCUGGUGAAAGCUCUAGUGGGAAUAUAUCUCCUGAGUCUCGGAAUCCAGUGAUGGGAUCGAGGCUGCGGUCAGUUUCUAAGGAAAGCACUCCAGCCAAUGGCUACAAACCAAGUUAUGGAAAAGGCAAAAAUGGACGGCCGAAUCUGACAGCUGCAAAUGGCAGAGUAUCCUCAACAUCUGAUGAAAAUGUAAAACCAAAUGGAGUCCGACAUAUCACAGGUCCUGAUGGAACGAAAUGGAUCGUAGAUCUGGAUAAGGGUGUCCUGAUGAAUGAAAAUGGAAGAGUCCUUCAAGAUUCAAGGGGAAGACCCAGAAAAGUUAUUCUUGGAGAGGAUGGAAAGACUAUCUUUGAUGACCAGGGCACCCCACUUGUAAACCAGGAAGGAUUAGCAUUAUUUGGUAAUGGAAGGGACAGUCGACCUGUGAUUAAUCCAAGUGACAAGUAUCUUACUGUUGGAGGAAAACCCAUUGUGGGCUUGGACCGCCCUAAACCCAGGACUACAACCACUACAACCUCAACUACUACAACUACAACAACAACAACAACAACAACAGAACCUACAACAACACAAAUGGUAACAGAAACAUUGGAGCCAUCAACAUUAGCUGCUGAGCCUACAUGUCCACCUGGACUUUAUUCCCGACUGGAUAAGAAUGGUUUCCCAAUAAUGGAUGCUGAUGGAAUACUUAACUGCUACUCUGAAGAUGAACUUUUUGUGGAGACCACCACAAUCCCAGUCCCACUUCCCACCACAACACUGGCUCCCACAACACAGACUCCUACAACACUGGCUCCCACUCUUGAGACACGGCCUUUUAACAACACCCCUUCCUCUGAAUUUGAUGUGGCUGGAAAGAAACGGUUCACAGCUCCCUAUGUAAACUACAUACGUAAGGACCCUGGAGCUCCCUGCUCCCUCACUGAGGCUCUGGAGUAUCUGCAAGUGGAUGUCUUAGCAGACUUGAUGGAGAAGGACCAACAAUCAUUUAAUCAAAAGCAGCCACCCAAAAACAAGCCCCAUAAUGUCACCGUGGUUGCUAUGGAGGGCUGUCACUCCUUUGUGAUUUUGGACUGGGCACUUCCACUGAAAGAUGACAUGGUAUCUGGCUACAUGGUACACAGUGCAUCCUAUGACGAUGUCCUAAACAACAGAUGGUCAACCAGACCAUCAAGUGGAACACACCUUCCUGUUGAAAACCUCAAGCCCAAUUCCAGGUAUUACUUCAAAGUUCAAGCAAAGAAUAUCUUUGCUGGGCCACUCAGUGAAACUUUAACAUACGUCACAGAGUCAGAUGAUCCCCUGCUCAUAGAGAGACCCCCAGGUGGGGAGCCUAUCUGGGUCCCAUUCUCAUUCAGGUAUAACCCAGCCCACAGUACCUGUAAAGGAAGUCAGUUUGUCAAGCGCACCUGGUACAAAAAGUUUGUAGGUGUCGUCCUCUGCAACUCACUGCGCUACAAGAUCUUCAUGGGAGAUGGACUGAGAGAAACAUUCUACAGCGUCGCUGAUACAUUUGGCCACGGAGAGGACCACUGCCAGUUUGUCGACUCCUAUCUAGAUGGAAGGACAGGACCACACAAUCUCUCCCUCAACCUACCCACAGCUCAAGGAUAUUAUCGCUCAUACAGACAAGAGCCAGUGAAUUUCGGGGCCAUUGGCAGGCGCACACCACAUCCUUUCGUUGGCUGGUAUGAAUGUGGAGUUCCAAUCCCUGGAAAGUGGUAACAGGGGGAACUCCAAGAGGACAUUUCCACAGGCAAUCACAUACCAUGUGUUCUCUUCCUAUAUCUACCAGCCAAUCACAGCGGUGAACUACUGCUCACCAUGGCAAACAAACCUAAAUCCUAUAGCAUCUGCUUCUGAUGGAAGGAAUAUAGUACUUUGAGUAACACUAAUAUUUCUACGUAUUCGAUAUCAAGCACUUUUUUUAAAAAAAAAAUCAGUCUGUAUAUGAGGAAAUUGCAGCAUGUGUAUUUGAGUUUUAUUAACAGUGUUUUAUUUUCAUGUGUUCUGUAUUAGUAAUUAUUUCCCAUCAACUUCACUUGGAAUAUUUAUCUUACAGUAACUUCAAAGAAACAUUUUUUGGCUUGUUAAAUAUCAAAGCACAAGAUCAAAUGAAUUAGUUAUGUCUGAGAACAAAAAUAUGACAUUUGGAAUGAUGUAACAAUUUUAUCGGAGUGAUGUUUGCUGUUGUUUAUAUAACUUGCUGAGGUUUUGUACUCUUACAUUUUUGUAUUACCCUCUUUUUAAACAAAAGUUGGCAUGGAAGUAUUGCCCAUAUUAGGGCAGAUUGAAAAAAAAAACUAUUUUUAUUUGCUCAGGAAGGUUCAGAUUUGAAUAAAGGUGCUAUGGAGAAAAUGUAA